ACCAACUGUCGCUUCGUUUUUGCUAAAGUCCCAAAAGAAUUUGGCCAACUCAAUCCAGCUCAAUGUAGAAUGGAGACGUAUUGUCUCAAGAGGUUCCAGCGUGCAAGAACUAGGAGCGCCUGUGGCUGAACUGCAAAUAGAAGGUAUGCCUACCCACACGCAACGACGAUGAAGCUCGCAUGUCUUCAUAAAUGAUGCAUGAAAUGCUAAGAGCAUUCCUGCAUGGAGAAGCAAGCUGUUUCGUUGGUAUGCCUGCUUUUUCAACUGGCAUGAAUGUUCGAGAUAUCCAAAAUGCUCUCUACAUUAGAUUUCCACACUUAUUAACAGGCCUUCUCCAAUCCGCCGAUAGGAUGGGCCGAGAUAUCUCUCAUCCUUCAUCAAUCCUGACAUUUGUUUCCUCGCUUCUUCGGACGCCUUCAACGUGGUCAACUGCUGUACUUGUUCCACCCGAGAAUGCGGCAAGAAUAAAUGUGUCGCCUGGUAGGCGUCCGCGAACUUCGAUACGCCAUGUGAAAGAUGCAAAUGGACCACUGGGUAUACUUUCAAGUCUUGGCCAGGAGGAGGCCACGAUGUUGUAAUCGGGUAGGGGGAUUUGUGUUAUCCAGACCAUGGGCUCAGUUGUGCAAUCUGCUAAUCGUACGCUCCAAGCGAUUAUUCUUG